AGCUCACCCCCCGCACCCCAAUAGCACCCUCGUGCCUAGAGGUCACUGAAAAAGGCGACGUUUGAUUUUUAAAAGGCGAUUUAAUCGAUUUUUUACCUCAGCUUCCUCCUUCUCCGCGACAUGGGCGCCGCUCUUUUAUUUUUAAUACCGCGACUGAAGCCCCUGGCUCCCUUAUUUCGCCGGGGCGAUAAAAUCGGGGCACCCUAGAAAUAUUAGGGCGCCUGGGUGGUCAUUUUUAACCCUUCGUGCGCCGGGGGCGGCCGUUUUAUAUUGACGAGCCGCGGCGCUGUUGCUUUGCCCUGCAAGGACCUGACAGAAUCCAUUGAAGCCAACAAGUUUGGAGAGAAUGUUGAGUUCAAUCAAUUCAGAACGUCGAGAUGGAGCCCAACUCAGUGAAGUGGGUCGGAUCACCCUGCGGUCUCCAUGGACCUUAUAUCUUCUACAAGGCUUUUCAGUUCCACCUUGAAGACAGACCAAGAAUCUUGUCCCUUGGCGACUUUUUCUUAGUCAGAUGCAAGCCAGAGGAUCCCAUUUGCAUAGCGGAGCUCCAGCUGUUAUGGGAAGAGAGGACUAGCAAGCAACUUUUAUCUAGCUCCAAACUUUAUUUCCUUCCACAAGAUACCCCCUUGGGUAGGAGUACCGACCAUGGAGAGGAUGAAGUUAUUGCAGUUUCAGAAAAAGUCAUUGUCAAACUUGAAGACUUAACAAAAUGGGCGCAAUCGGAUUAUUCAAAAUGGAAGUGCGGACUCCGAGCUUUACCCUUAAAGCUGAAAGAACUGGGGAAAAAUGGGCAAAAAGAAUGUGUUUUGAAGAACAGACAAUCCACACUAAAUAGCGGUCUGAACUUCAAGGACGUCUUCAAAGAAAAGGCGGAAUUGGGAGAAGAUGAAAAUGAGGGAAAUGUGAUGGUGCUGAGCUACCCCCAGUAUUGCCGAUAUCGGUCCAUUUUGAAACGUAUCCAGGCCAAACCUUCCUCCGUUUUGGCUGACCAGUUUGUUCAGGCGCUAGGUGGAAUUCCCAUAAUCAACAAGAACACAAAGAUCCUUUACUGUCGGGACACUUUUGACCAUCCCACCCUUAUAGAUAAUGAAAGUGUAUGUGAUGAAUUUGCCCCAAACCUGAAAGGCCGACCACGCAAAAAGAAGCAAUGCAUGCAGAGGAGAGAUUCAGUUAACGGAGUCAAAGAUGCCGCCAAUAUUUGUGAUGGCAAAACUGUUGCCAAGGUAAAGUGUGAAAUUAAGGCAGUGCUGCCAAAAACCAAGACUGCCAACGGCAACUGCAAGAAGAUCUCAACAGAGGAGAAACCAAAUGUUGCUGCAGCAGGAGAAGGAUGUAAGACUGAAGAGUGCAAAGCCGAUGAGCAGGCAUUUCUUGUAGAACUGUAUAAAUAUAUGAAGGAGAGGAAAACGCCUAUUGAGAGGAUACCAUAUUUGGGAUUUAAGCAAAUUAACCUUUGGACUAUGUUUCAAGCUGCUCAAAAACUGGGAGGAUAUGAAACAAUCACAGCUCGGAGGCAAUGGAAGCAUAUUUAUGAUGAAUUGGGUGGAAAUCCAGGAAGUACCAGCGCAGCCACCUGUACUCGGCGACAUUAUGAAAGAUUAAUCCUACCCUAUGAAAGGUUUAUCAAAGGAGAGGAAGACAAACCGCUACCCCCUGCGAAGCCUCGGAAACCAGAAUGUAAUUCCCCAGAAGUGGAGCCGAAAAUAAAAAUGUGCAGUGCAAAGCGUAUUAAACAUGAAGGCCAAAAGACGAAGAAGGAGAAGGAUGCAGCAGCAAAGCCAGAAGAUUCAGAGGCUUCACCACUGGAGGAGAAUCAGGAUGUAAAUGAGAAAAACGUGUCUUUUUGUGAUUCAGAAGAGAUCAAGCCAAAGGUAGACCGCUCUGAACUGAAAGAAGAGAGUCAGUCCACACCUCUGGAUGAAGAAGAACUUGAUGAGUCCAUUCCUAGUGUAUGCCAUGUGAAAGAAGAAGAAAACGUGCACUCAGAACCUAUUCCCAUUGACUCAUUCCCUAAUGUCACAAAAGAGAGUAAUUCCAGUUUAGCAGGUGAUGAAGAAAGCACACUCGUAGAAAGUGCAGCUGUUUUAAAAGCAGAACACUGCAACCAAGAUCCAUCAGAAAUGGAAGUACGGGAAGGACAUUACAAUAUGUUUCCCUCAAUUCAGGACCAACUGCAGCAUGAAAUGAAUGAGUCAGAUGAGAAGUUGGCAGAUAUGCCAGAUUAUAUUGCAAACUGUACAGUAAAGAUGGACCCGCUGGUCUCUGAGGACCUUAAAAAUCCUCUGGACAGCAGCAUUUUACAGAAUGCAUUGAAGCAGAACCCCAAAGUGUACUUGGUUCAGACUCUGGACAUGCUGAAAGAGAAGGAUACUUCAUCCUCUUCGUCAAAUGAAGAUUCAUCAUUCAGUUACACACCUCUGCUUUACUCAAGGGGAAACCCAGGAAUAAUGUCCCCUUUAGCAAAAAAGAAGCUGUUGUCACAGGUUAGCGGGGCUUCACAAACUGGAAGUUACCCCUAUGGCUCACCGCCACCAUUAAUAAGCAAAAAAAAGUUAAAUUCCAAAAUAGAAGUAUCUCAACCUUUAGUGCAAACUCAUCAGGUAUCGAACUCUGAAACAGUGGCUAUAAACAGACCAUCUGUGAUACAACAUGUUCAAAGUUUUAAGCAAAAAACAGCAGACGACAAAAAGAGCAUAAAUGACCUGUACAAAAGCAGUACUUUAAACAAAACAGACUCUUACCGUUGUGAGUAUGCUAAGCAGCAUCAGAGUGUGCUGGCAGAGUCCUACUCCUUGAAGUCCAGUAUGCUUGAAUGCAAAGAGAAAAUGGCUGAGAAGAGGGCUGCACACAACUCCAAUGUGCCAGCCUUUUUGGCUGAGUUCUAUUCAUCGCCUCAUCUGCAUAGGCUUUACCGACAUACAGAGCAUCAUCUUCACAAUGAACAUGCAUUAAAAUACCACCCGAGGGAAAUGUAUAGAGAAAGUGAAAAUGUGUCCUCUACACACAAGCAUCAAGAGAAACUUCACUAUCAUCACUCGGUACAUCAACCACAAAAACAGAAUGUCUCGAAUACUAUGGAUGACCAGCCGACUGAUUUGAGCCUUCCCAAAUCUAUGCACAAGCACACUUCAAAAAUGCAAGGCACCAACCUUUCUCAUCAUUUGGUACAGCAAGAAAGCAAAACCCAUCAAAGUCCAUUUCAAGUUCCAAACAGUAAGGCUAUUGGCAUAGACUGUAACCCAAAAGCCUGUAGAGUUUCACCAAUGCCGAUACAAGUAUCGAAAAGGCACACAGAAUCAAUUCACAGGCCCAUUAAGGCUCACAGUGUAAGACUAGAUAAUGUAAGGAAGAUGGAAGCCACAGUCCAUCCAAUCACGGUUGGUAAAGCCAGUCCUCAGAACUUCGGGACCUCACGAUCUUUGAAAAGAAAUCUAGAUGAUAUGGACAGCCCUGUCUGUGAUAAAAAAAUAAAAGCAGUGUCUCCUCUAAAUAUACCAAAGGAGAUAUCAGGUCAAGAGGGUGAAAGCAGCAAAUCAUUGCAUGACAUUCAUUCUGGUAGUAUGAUGGAGAGUCACAAAUACCCACUAUCAGCGCCAAUCUUUACCGGGAUCUAUCCCGGAGGCUUAUGUAGUGGGCUGAGCACACGCAUACCACCUGCCUAUUCUCAUCCACUGCAGUACUUGAAAAACCAGAGUGUGCUUUCACCACUAAUGCAACCCUUAGCUCUCCAUUCUUUGAUGAUGCAAAGACAAUAUCUAACCAACUCCACUAACUCUCAGCAGCUAUAUAGACAUUUGGCAUCAGCCACCCAAGUAGGAUCUUCAUACGAUGACCUACUACACAACAACAUUUAUCCUUUAACAGCUAUCAACCCGCAGUCCUCUUUUUCUUCCUCCCAGAUGUCAUCUGUACACCCCAGCACAAAACUUUAAGCAAUUUCACUGUGGCAAAAAAAAAAUAAUAUCUAAUUGUUAAUACUUUAGCUACAUUCCUUGCCUAGCACAAUAUUCUGCAUAAAAAAUGCUCUCUACUGUGUGAGCCACACUAUAACUGUAUAUGUACCAUAUUAGAGGUAAGAACAAUGGCGUCAAGGUUAUACUUUGGGUUUGUUUAGUUUUAUAAUGGAAAGAAAAAGAAAAAAGUAUAGAACCUAGUGCGCUCCACACAUUUGUAACAGAAGGUAAAAAGCAGAAAAAAAAAGCUGGAAUAUCGUAGGUUCACAUGUCACGGCUUACGCUAGAGGCAACGCUUUUGCUUUUUAUUUGUCUUUUUGUUUUGACUGUUAAAGGUUAAAUCAAUGCAAUGUAUAGUUACAAGUAAAUUUACAAGUAAAUUUUAACACUAUAAUGGCAGAAGAAAGUUAAACACUGUUUAUUUGACUGUACAUGUCUGCCGGUGUCACUGUCUGUUUUAUUAAUUUAUAUGGAAUAAGCCCUCGGUUGAUUACUUUGCUUUUUUUUAUCUUUUUGUUUUUUAUUAAACAGUUAUGUGUUAACGGCAAGGUUUUUACGAGAGGUUGAUUUUGUGUGCAUGUUGUCAGGAUUCUAACGUAGGAAGCCGCUUUUACAAUCUAUGCAUGUUGUUUACAUAUACAAGGAAACAAAUCGCCCAUCAUCUGAACGCCAGAGGCAACCGUUUUCUUUUGCUGAUCUAAUACUAUUGUAUAGUAUGUAUAUCAUUUGUAUACUUAAAUAAUUUUUCAGAAUAAGGGCUGUUUUUACCUAGCCCCUGGAACAGGUGUUACCUAGUAUACUGACCUGCUCUGGUCUGGCACCCCAGCUCUAUUCAGUGAUCAUAUGGACAGGGUCAAGUGCGCUGCUGCAGCCAGUGACUGCCCUCAGUGCUGAUGUGUCCGCAUGUGGCUUAGCAGUCACAUGACUGUCCGUACUCUAGCCAAAAGCAAACAGUCUGAAGCCCAGAAAAAUCACUGAACAGAGCCAGGGUAUUAGGCCUGAGCAGCGGAAAGGCAGAUGAGCAUGACUGUUUCAUUAGGUACAACACUUUCUGGGGGCUAGAAAAAAAAUUGCCCUUGAUAUCGGAAAAACCCCCUUUAAGUGAAAACACCAGUCAAAAAUGAAACCUUAGCUAUGACAUGGUGUUUGUGUUCUUUUUCUGCUUUGUGUUCUCUACUGUUAAAGCAUAGAACUACGUUGGACCCCAUCCCUAUUUUAUUUUUAAGAGCAUUAUUUGGCGCAGGCAUAUACCGUACUUACCAACAUUUGAAUCCCAAAUGGCAGGACAGUCCAGCCACAUUUUUCUUGUGAACUCCCCCUGUACAGGCAAAUUACCAUGAACCUUUUGCUCCUUGUGGUCCAGCUGGAAGGAAAAAUGAGGCGUCUAUGGACCUCAAUUUUGCCAUUUUCACUCCCCAUCAUUACGGGUGUUAUAUAGGAAUGUCAUCAAUGUAUCAUGAUGUGAAGACUGGGGUUUUUCUUUCAAAUAUCAGAUAUUUCUCGUGUGUACAGUAUGUGGCUCCACGGCCAACAAUGAUAUGACAACCUGCUCAAGGAUUCCAGUGAUUAAGGGUUGUAUAAUCACAGUGAUAUACAAAUGCCCUCCUUUCUGCUCAGUACAAAAGCUUUUCUCAUUGAAGAACAUUAUAAAAAAUAUUAAUAUUAUUUCUAAGAUCUUAGCAUGUGCACUCAAUUUCUUACUGCUUUGGAAAGUUUGACCUCUUUAUAGUAAAGAAAAAAAAUCAGUCAGCAAGAAUUCAAUUGUUCUAAAUUCCUGCUCUUCACCCCAAGUAUAAUAAAGAAAAAUAAUCUACAAGGAUUUUAAAGGAUAGCGUACACGUGUCGUGUCCUUACAAUGUAAUUACCUGCACUUUCUGGUAUUACGGUAUAAGAUCUCAUCAGUGAUGAUGCAGGUAUUGGUUUAGUCAAUGAAGGUUAUAGUUUGUUAAAUGUACAAUAUACUUCUCAAUUUCUCACAGUUUUCAUGAUCUCUACUUGCUGUCAUGCAGUGAGAAUCUUUAUGGUUUGCUUUCAAUGGAUAAAAGUCCAUCCUAAAUGGAGGCACAGGUCAUUACAGUAGAGUUAUCAAAGCUCUGCUGUACAGUGAGCCGUGAACCUGUGUCAUCGUCACAUCACCAGGAUAGAUUAUCUUUGCUGGACUUAAUGAAUGAAUGACAGCAAGCAGAGAUCUUGAGAACUCACAGAAAUUGAAAGGAAUAAAAAGUAUGUUCGGUCAUUGUAUAACUUUACGAUAUACAACUACUCAGCUGUCGCCAGCAGUCCGUCAGAUAUUAAAUGAGGUGCAUGAUUGAGUGCGACUCCAUUCAAAAGUCUGUGUGUGUGGGGGGGAAUAGGUCUCCCGUUCUCUUGAUUAGUGGGACUCCCAGCGGUCAGGCCCCCCACCUAUCCUGUGGAUGGAUUAUAAAUGAUCAUUCUGGAACCCUGUUAACGCUACUAACUUCCCAACAUUCCCCCAUACAACUAAUAGACCAGUUUCACACAAGAACAUGUGAUUGCAGAAAUGCUGCCCAUGUGAUGCUGCAUUACUCAGGCCAACCAUGAUUCUGCUUGCCUGAAUUCACAGUGAUUUAUGAUGCUGUAAGUUGGAGCUUAACUGUGGGUCUGCUGUUCCACACUGAAACAAUGAGGGCAGGACAGUAGACCUGCCAUCAGGCCGGUACUUACAGCAUCAUAAAUCGCUAUGAUACUCUAAAUUUGAGUCUAGGAAAUGCGGCUGUCACAUUGACAGUAUUUCCUAGACUGCAAAUUCUCGUUUAAACUGUCCAUAGAGGAACUGCUGUAAUCAAAUCACAUUGUAAUGAGUACAUACAAAUACACAACAGGGUCAGUGAUCAACUCAAAGUACUAGAAAGGAAAGAAAAAGAAAACAUUAUUUUUUUUUUUACUAUAGCCAUAUGUAAGGUCAAGCCUGCUGGCCGAUCUGAGCUACUCUCACUCAGAUAAUGUACUUGCUUACUAGUGCAACUUUAUUAUUAUGACCUAUCUUCUACCGUGGCCAAUAAUUGUAUUGCUCCGUCUAUCUGCUCUGUUGUAAUGGGUUGUUUUGCAGUUUACACUAGCUUUUUUUCAUUGUGAGGAGCAAACCCUUUUAAAAUUACGAAGUGUGAAACUUUCCAUUAUUCUUUUCCGCUCUUGGAAUAUUAUGUUUUCCUUAAAAAAAUAUAAAAAAAUGAAGAACAUCUUACAGUGGGGAAGAUUUAUUCAGCUAAAUCUGCCGAAAUUCUGGUUCAAAUUCUGGUGUACAAGCCUUGCAUCACAUCUACUGUAUUACGCGUUUUAGAAAUUUUUGCAUGCAACAAAAGGUGGGACUUAGCGGAAAGUGGUGUGGCUUAAAUUGCAACAUUGCACGUCCACAAUGCAAACCAGAGAUUAGGAGGCCCCUGCUGGCUGAAAAAAACUAAAAAAAGGGGUGUAUAUAUAACGCCUGUACAGCCAGCUUAGCUGCACAGGGGCUCAGUGAGAAGGGAGCCCCUACCUAGGUAUAGAGCAGUAGCAGAAGUGCCAUGGUUGCACUACUAAGCUCAGACAGGUCAUAGCUUAGUGGGCUGAUUGUGCAGAACCUAUUGCUGUGACAGGGGACAAGGCUUAGUGUUGCAUUGGGGCAUGGACAUAACAAAGGUCCCUAGACAUAACUUUGCUUAGAACACUAGAAAUGUCAGAUCGGCCCCUGUGUUUGUCAACAUUUUGGUGCUAAAUUCUGUCUCAAAGGAAGCCAAACAAUAAGGGGUGUAAAGUUCUACAAAAGUGUCUUAACUUUUGUGUAAUAAAUGACAUCCUUAGAUCGCAAUAGUUUACACUGGCUAAAUAUUAGACAGAAUUAGCAAAUCUGCUCCAGUGUUUAGAUCAGGUUUUUGUACACUUUUUUAUCAUGUUAUUGUUUGUUUUGGCCUUUUGUGCUGGCACUGAAGAGGAGAAUAUGGAGUUCUCUACACACAUUGAAGCAUAUUUCAUAAUCAUGUCUAAAACUGAGACAGCAUAAACUUAGAUGAGACAGUCAAAAGGUGCACCAAAUGUAUCUAUGCCCUGAGUAGACUUGGCAGAGUGUCUAAGACAAUUAAUAAAUAUGGCCCGUCACACGUGCAUCAGAAUACUGGCUCAGUUUGAUUAGUAGUAAGCAUUUUUUAGGGCUUUUUCCACUCACUGGCCUCAAUUUUAACAAAAGCCACCCAAAAGACGACUGCUUGUGUGACCUGUGGUGCAUUUUGGCAUGGUAAAGGAGGUGUCGCACACAACUUUUUGUCACAGUUUUUGGAGCCAAAAUAAGAAAGUAAAGACAUAUAAUGGAAGAACUUAUACUUCUUGCAGCUGGAUCUGCUCCUGACUUUGGCUCAAAAAAUUGCAUCUCAAACUGCCACACAUAGUUGUAUGUGACACCACCCUAAAGGAGUAGCUUGCCACCUUUCUUAUAUAUAAAUAUACUGACAGUAAUAACCUAUCUAUGUAGUGUCAAUGUAUCUCGCAGGGCUUUACAAUCACAUCCUUCUAGUGUGUGCACAAAUAACAUUUUACAUAUCGGAAACAUUAUCAAGGAGUAACUAUAUGAAAAGCUCAAAAAAGGGAACAUCAUAAAUCAGAGUCAACAAUCUAUGAAGCCUUUGUGUUUGCCUAGGAAUGUACGCCUGUCAAUGUUAAUCAGCCUCCUGUGCUGCCCCACAGUCAUACAGUUUUCUGCUGUCCUAAGCAACUUCAGUGUUUAAUUAACAGGUUUUUUUAUGUAUUUUUUCCAGCAGUGGAUGGUUCUUAUCCAUUCAGUAAUGUGUAAAUAUAUUCAGAUGCCACUUAUGAACAUGGAUGGUAUAUCUUUUAUAUAUUUCACAUACCAGUUUUUAAUCAUAUAAAUUAACUUGUAAUUUUAAUCUGUUUCUUCUUAAAUUAAACCCUGUGGUGCUGGCGGUAUUACAUAUGGCACUUAUUUGACCAUAGAUGUACCAGGCAGCACAUUCGUCCUCAGAGUGUGGUCAGAGCAAGGGGCAACAGAAUUUUUAAUACUUUGUGCACCAAUUUUGGAUUACUGGAGAGGGUUACUGCCAUGAUUAAAAGUUACAACUAAUAUCGGUAGGUGUCCAGCCAGUGGAACCCCCACUGAUCCAAAGAAUGGGGGUCCCCCAUUUAUUCUCUAUGGGACUAUAAUAGGUUGUAGAGUACAGCACUUGGCUAUCUUGGCAGUCUGAUAGAGAAUGAAUGAAGAAGCAGGGUGCAUACUCAACUUGCCUGUCCAUCAGAAUGGGGGAAUGGGACCCCCAUUUUCUGUAUCGCUGGGGGUCCCAGCGGUCAGUCAUCCACCAGUCAGUUAGUUAUCCUUUAUCCUGUAGAUAGGGGAUAACGUUUAGUCAUGGCACAACCCCCUUAAGGCUGGAAUCACACAGACAGUUUUUGUGGCAGUUUUGUAGGUGGUGGUAACAUCUAUUAGAGAAUUUAAAGAGGGAGUGGGCAGCGACGCUACCCAAUUAUUAAACAUUGCUUCCUCUAACCGAGCCUGAAAAAAAAAAUAGAAUACAAAAAGAAAGGAUUUAUAGGAGAUAGAGGAAAUAUUGAGGCACUUUUGAUUCUCUAAUAGUUUUGUAUUAAGGAGGCAGCUGAGGUGCUAGACAGUCAGUCCUGUCUGAUGUCACUUAGGGCUCUGUUCAUAUGAGCAUCAUGGUAACCAUGACUGCUCUUACAGAUCUUGUUGACUUUUAAUUGGAUCCCAUUAGGUUUCCAGCAUUUUUGACUGCAGGACUAGCGCUGCAGACUGGGCUAUUUUUUGCAAUCAAAAAUACUGUACCAGACAAUGGAAAUAUAAAAUUACAAAUGUUGACCCUUAACCUGGGGCAAUGACUGGUUAUGAAAGUCAACCAAUGGCCUGUAUAAUCACCCCUAGACAUCAUGUCUGUAAACCAACCAAAAUAUUGGACCCUGAUGGAAAUAUAUCUAACAGCGAUCAGUAAUCAAAUGCAUGUGAAUGUAGGGAGGUUCAGCUAGUAAUGACUAAUCUGACUAGAACAAGGACUAUGAAUUUAUAUUCAGAUAUAUACAUUUAGAUAUCCUCCCUAUACAUACUGUAUGCUUACUACUUAUCCUAUAUCUGGGAAAAAAUAUUCUGAUAUCUAAACGCAGCUCCUGUUUUCUUCAGAAAGCAAUGUUCACAGCUAAGAGCUCAGUCCAAUUUAAUCCUCUUGUACAAAUAUAACUGCUGACACAUUAGUUAGUAUUUCCAAGGAUAAAGCUAUUGAAACAAUGCAGAUACUGUGUUACUUUCUGAGCUAUUCAUGAGGCCCGUACCUCUAUAACAUAAUCUAUGAAUUUCUAUAUUAAUCCACAAACCUAAUUACCAUCUGAUAAGGUGGCAGGUAACAAUGACCGAGCCUCUAUGGGUUUCACUAGAGGAUCCAGAUCCUGUUAUGCCCUACGACAGGGUUGCUCAACCUGCGGCUCUCCAGCUGUUGUAAAACUAGAACUCCCACCAUGCUCUUCUGUAGGCUGAUAGCUGCAGGCUGUUCAGGAAUGAUGGGAGUUGUAGUUUGGCAACAGCUGGAGGGCCGCAGGUUGAGCAUGCCUGCCCUAUGACAUUCAGCUCUAUUCAGUAAUUUGUGGAAAUUGUCUUCAUGCUAAAACUUAGUAAUAUUAACAUACACCUGUUACUUUCAUGCAGUCAAGGAGCCCAUAUUCAUGAGAUUGGAGCUGCUACCUGGCAUCUCAUGAAUGAAUAUUCAUCGGUUCCUGUGAAUAUUAAUUGUAAAAAGCCUUAAUGAUGUCACUGCACCUAUUGAAUUGAUAAGCGGCGGUCUCAUGAAUAUUGGCAGCAUUCUGGGCAGAUGACAGGUGCUCUUUCCAACACUAAAGAUAUACAGAUCUGACUUAUUUUUAGUCUGAAUUCAUCCAAAGAUUUGAAUUGCACGGAGUAUUUCUCUUCGAUAGCUUGGUUAAACAUAAUAAUUGUUCAAAACAUACAGAGCUAUACUCAAGCUUUACUAAGCCAUAAAGCUGUUCACAGAAGACAUAAUCUAUAAAACCGCUUGAUUAUCUUUCACAGUGGGCAAGCAAAUUUAGCUGUGCACAUAACGUAAACUGCCAUGAAUUAUUCUGUAUUCAAAUGAAAACAAAUGUAAGUAAAUGUAAGUGCUUCCAGAUCUCUGACAAGAAUUACAUUAAUAAAAUGCUUCCUUUGUUCUCUAAUCAUUUUGGUGUAAACAUUAGAGAAAUGAAAGCAUUUAACAUUCCACAUGCGAGGCAGACACCGGUCUAAGGAAAUGUUCAGGCAAAAAGGGGAAUUGAUAUUUUAGAAAAUUACAUAGAGAACAGUGGUAAUUAAAGGCAGAUUUAACAUUAUGUAUUGGCCUCUCUUGAGUGCCGUAAAAUCAGCGUGUAGGUACGUUACUGUGUUACCGGCUUUUCUACGUUUUAUGAUGGUACAUUAUUACUGUGCCUAAAAGAACAUUAAUGAACACAGUGGUAAAUGUCAAAUAUUAGCAAGGCUAUUUACCGGGCACUUUUCAUAAACAGAUGUCUUGGGGUCCUUUUGCAUAUGAAGAUAAAUUCGCAAAAUUGAGUGCUGAUUGAUGACAUAGUGAUUUUUAACACGCAAAAGACACACGUUCAUAUGUAACACAACAUGUUUUUUUUUAUUUUUAUCUCUGUUGAAAUCGUUUUGUCUUUCCUUCGCUCCGUCUGCCGUUGACUAGCAAAUGCCCGUUUACAUGAGGAGAUAUAAUGCUGAAAAAUGAUUUUUAGGUCAUCAUAAAAGAUUUGAUCAACGACAAACAAGCACAUUCUCGCUGAUCGUGCAAAAAGCUGCACAUGAUUGGCCAGUGAUUGGAAAUAUUUGCUCAUUAUAAUUAUUUUUCUGCAUGAUAAUCACCCCAUAUAAAAUGCCCCGGAGAGCUGGGACUGUCGGAUGUACCAGAACUGGCUAGGACUACAGGCAGGGUAACUCUAGAGGAUAAGCUUGUAGUCACUAUCAGGUACAACAGGCUCUUUGCCACACAAGAGGACACUAGUAUUAUACUGUACAUGGCACAGGAUAGUUGGUGGCCCUGUUAUCCAGUUCACAUGUCAACCCAGGAACUUCAACAACUGCAAGCAAAUCUACUAGUAACUCUAUCACGAUACACAAGCUGUGGAGAAUCAGAGUUAAAUGUCCAUGGCAAGUUCUGCUACAUCUGCAUGGCUUUAUAAGUGUUUAUUUUUGUAAACUGUAAUAAGUUUAAGUCAAAUGAAAGUGGCACUUUAAAUAUAGGCACGUGCAAGAUGCUAAUGAAAAGUUGGGACAGUGGUGACAGAACUCUGGUUGAGGCCUCCUGCACACGACUGUAUCUGUUUUGUGGUCCACAUAUCAUGGAUCCGCAAAAUAUGGAUGUGGCCUGUGUGCACGCAUAGAUGCGGACAGCACAAGGAUGACAUCCGAGUGUCGUCCAUAAUUUUGCAGCCCCAUAGAAAAGAAUGGGUUCAUUUUGAGUCCACAACAAAUGUGGAUCAGAUAUGAACCGAAAAUACGGUUAUGUGCAUGAGGUCUUAGGGUAACGUUUUCCACUUUGGUCCCUACGUGGGUGCUGCUGGAAGUGGUGCUCCCCAUUCCAGGUAGCAUCAGGGCUGUACGGUGGGUGCUCUGCCCUUCCAGAUGCCUGUAUCAUCAACCAUCUCAGGUAAUGCAGUACGUUAGAGUCCUAAAGAAAUUACGCACAAGACUAAUUAUGUAUUAUAAUGUGUAAACAUGAAUUGUGAGGAGUAAAGAGAAAGAUAUGCAGGUAUACUACGUUUGUCAUUUCUGAUGCCCAAGCUUUCGAUUUCAUCUAAAUCACAUAUUUUUGCUACACGUGGACUUGAAUGUAAAUAAAAUAGUUGAAUUUUUAAUAUUCCUAGGAAAUGUACAGUAAAUGAUUACUAUAGUACGGUGGGAGUAAGACGUGACAAUUAUGUAUAAAGUAAGCACCUGACAGUUUUCUAUUUCCCCAGGUCCAGUUUCUGUUGGUAUUAAUCAGUCGAUACGUACACUUUAAAAGGAUUUUGUGAUUUAAGUAUUUACAUACCAGAAUUAGCACAGUAAUACGUGUUAGUUACAAAAUGAAUUCUUGAACCAUUAUCUGGAUGAAGUAGGCAGCUUCCCCAUAGAGUUAGCUUGUCCAUGUAUCAGCAUCACCAGUUAAAUGAACACUCUGGGUAGGUACACAUGACAAAUAUACUCUAAAUUGAUCACAUGGCAGUAACUGACUGGGCAUGUCCAAUUAUGUAUGGCCAACUGAAUAAUAAGUGAGUGAUGUACAGACUACUAAAAUGUGCUUCAAUCCUUAGCAGGCAAUUAGGUAUCGGCCACAUGAGGGUCCCUAACUAGUGGCCUCAGAGCUGCUGGCAGUGGGACCAUGGACAGAUUCAAGACGUUACAGAGUCCUUAGUGCUAGGGCAAUUUCUAUCCACCUCUUCAAUAGCAUAUUUUUCCUUUGUUUUCUAGCUGCAACACUGCUAAUAUUAUUUCCUUCUCAUGAUCUGUAACUGUUGAUGUCGCAGUUUGUGUUUCCGCUCCAUUUACCGUAGUCUUAUUUGUCUUUUAUGUCUUUAAUACAUUAACUGUCAGUUGGAAGGUAAUGACGCUUGAGAAAAUGGGUGACAGAAAUGGUUGAAUUUUAACUUAUAAGGAAAAGGAAAACUAAUGCAGUUAAUGUGGUUACACAGCAUGUAAACAGUGUCAGGGUUCACAGCUCCCUAGUGAUGAUAGGUAAGUGUCAAUGAUGGGAUCAUAGCACAUCUAUAUAAUGUGGCUUGUAGAUGGUGGACAGCUGUAUGGCUCAAUUGGGGCCGAUCAUCACAGUAAAAACAUUUGGGGACGUUUAUCAAUUCGAGUUGUUUUUGUGUCUGUUUUGAGUAUGUCUUUACUUUGUGUGUCUGCGCCAAAUUUAUGAAAUGGCGCAGCUUAAUAAUAUAUUUGGCAUGAUUGCAAUGUGGUUUACACCUAAAUGUGUUAAAAUACACCAGGGGGUUGCCUGGCGAGCAGUUUUGACAAAGUCAGACAUAGUAAAUGUUCCAUAAUCCAGGUCUGUUUUCACUAUUAUCCCUCAAACAUAGACCACUUUGAAAAUGGGAUAGUCUCACAAAAUUUGGCAAAAUUUGACCAAAUAUCUCAGAAAACGCUGCAAUCAUAAUGACUUGCGACAUUUUUUAGCCACUAAAGACGUAUCUGAUUUGAUAAAUGUCCCCUAUUGAAUUUAUCGACAGACUACAGACUGCUGUAAAUGCAUCUCAAGUGUGGGGGAUCCAAAAGUGACUGUAGACUAUGGUCAGAUUUGCCCCUUGAGUAUUUGUCAUUCCUUAAUUUAUUCUCAAAAGUUGCCCCUUAAGAAGGAACCUCACUUUAAAGAAAAAACAAAUCAUUACAAGAGAUAAUUUUGUCCACACUUUAAGAACCACAUUGCAUUAGGCUGGAGGUCCCAAAACUUCUUCUAUGUUGCUUGAGGCACAUUUAACUUUCAGUGAUGGUCGGGAGCAACAGCCAAUUCAAAAAUACAGGGGGGGGGGGGAUUUUGAAUGUAGAGAAACAAAAGACAUGGAAUUGCAAACGUUUGCUGAUAAAUAUUUCAGUGUGAAAUGUAACACUAGUGUUAUACUAUCCAAAUUGGCACUGUUUAAUGGUAAAUCUAGGCUAGAUCCUUAACAAUGUCAAGUACAUAUGGGCAUAACUCAGGGCUGCCAUGGCAAGCUAUAAAUUGCAGGAGGUCGCGAGCUACAUAAGGUUCCUGAGCCACUGGUUGGGGACCAUUGCUUCAGGCUAGGGUGAUCUUAAUUUACCUGCAUUUUAAAAGUUUACUUCAUGGCCAUAUCAUUUCACCACUGGUUCAACACACCGUGAAAUGAGUCCAUUUGCAUUAGUCCAUCCACUUUAGAACAUCAGUAUAGUCUUUGGUGAAUGUAACAUGACAGCUGCCUAACUAGUCAUACAAUACCAAUACCUUCUGCAUACAUGGAAGGUGGUUUCAACUGGAAGCUGCAGAUUGAUUCCUGUAAUAAGGGACAUACAAUUAGGAACCAUGGAACCUACGUUCAUUCUCAUCAGAUGAGCAGACAGCACUGUAGAUGAUAACAUAUUACAUUAAUCCCCAUGGUGUGGUUAUGGACACCGAAGCACCUGGGCUUUAGCCAACACUUGGGGUGUCCACAACAUGGAAUCAUUCAUCCCAUUGUUGAGCCGCUGUUCCAUGUAGAACCUUAUAUGAGCAAAUAUAACCUGAAAGCAAAUAGUACCCAUAAGACACUAUGGCGGCAGUCAUUCUGUGUUGGGUGGAAAUAGUACAUUUGCUCAGUGCCAUCCAAUCUGUUGCAGAGUGAUGUGAUUAUGAAUGGGGUACAGCUAUGUGGAAUAUAUGGACACUAUAUAGCAAGAUGAGACCUAACACUUUCAGCCUCAUCAAUACUACUUUAAUUAUGAAUCUCACAUUAAAAGCAAGCCUCUCCAUUCCCGCCAGUAUUCGUUAGUGUCAUACAGAAUCUUCCAUUCACUUUGACAUCAUUAUGAUUUAUUUGCUGUAUGUUACUUUGUAAAUUAUUGAUUUUACCUGAAAGUGUUUUCAAAGCAUGCAGCAGAUCGGCUUCUAACUGAAGACCACUGGCAGAAACCCCCCGCUGGAUUAUUUGUUUAAAAACUGCUUACAGGAAUCUUGGAUACAGUUCAAAAAGAGGGUUGAAUUCUCUCUCAGCUAAGAGCAGAUUAGAAAAAAAAAAUGUUUUAGAAAGGGGCUUUGUUUGCAUUGUGCGAGUUCAAGAGGAUUUAAUACAAGUCUAUUUUGUGCAAUUAAACCAUUGUUGUUUGAAGUCUGGUAGAAAAAAAAAAAAACUCACAGCAAAUUCUAAUUGGCAAUACUCAUAAAUCUAUGAAGUG